AUGCGUCUCUAUCACGUUCUACACGUGACUGCGGUCCUGUUGCUCACCAGCAAUGUCCGUGCCGGUUCUCGCUCAGGUCUCAUCACGUCUGCACAGACCUCGAAAACGUCAACUACGUCAAAGAGUAACCCAAGCCUUUGCGCCAAGCCUCGCGUGGUCAUCACCGAAGUGGACGUGGGUGUCGCCAUUGACAGCAACGAAGACGAAGCUGCACUCAAACUUGUGGCUAUUGCCGCGCUGCCUUCCGGUGGAUCACGCAUCGCCUUCCACAGCGGUGGCAAUGUGAUCGUGCGUGAACUCGAUGCCAACGACAAGCUCGUGAGCAGCAAAGCUGCGAUCAAAGUACCGAUGCACGACUUUGCAGACAUCCACGCCGAUACCAACGGGUUUGUGAUUCUCGGCACGAGAGACGCCCAAGGCGGAGGCACCCUCAACUGCGGUAACCCGCGCAAUCUCUGUGGAUCAGCGCCCAACCCAGCCGUGCCAUGCUACGACAUGUACUUGGCUCGCUACGAUGGUUCGAGUGAGAAGUGGGCGACGAAGCUGACAUCUUCUAGUGUAUCACUGCCCCCUUACUCGUCGUCCAAGACGGGCAAAGACGUGUACAUGAUCUGGUGGUAUGCUCAUCACGGCCGUAUCGCCUUUGACGGUACCAACUGGGCUGCAUACUUUGGUGCUGCCAUCUCGACGUCCGAGGGUGGCUGCAUUAACAUUCACCAGGGUGACCGCAUGAAGGUGGUAAAUCCGUCGGGCACAAUCACGGCGGACCAGGACUCGUUCGACUGGGGUUGUUCGCACUCCGCUUACGAGCGCAUCACGUAUGAUAACCGCACGAAGAGCUAUGCGACCAUCUGUAAGACGGAUAGCGGCAACCGCAUCAUGCCGCCCAAGGACUGGGACACGACCAUCUAUCCGGUGGACCUGAGUGCCUCGAAUUUAGGUGAUAUCGUGCCGGACUCGAACCCGUCGAGCAACAAGUACUGGGCCACUGUGAGCAAUGGCAAAGGCAACAACGCCAAAGUGCACCUGAUCCACUUUGCAAUGGACGCUGCGGCCAGUGGAGAUAUCACGCUGGGAGGCACGGAUGCCAACGAGCGUGCACCACAUUUGGCGUCCAUUGGCAAUGGCGGCAUGCUGGCUGUUUGGGAGGGCAGCUCUUCGGGUGGUGACCUGGUAGAAGGCAGUGGUCGUACAAUGUACGUGCAGGUGCUGGAUGGGAAGACCGGCAAAGCCAUUAGCCAGAAGGUCACGGUGGACAAGGCAGUGGUGGGCAACCGGUACCAGGCGCUCAAGACGUACCCGGACGGCAGCGUGGCGUACUUGUCAAAGGGUACAACGAGCACGUCGGUACAGGUUGUCCGCUUCUUUGGUUGCUAA